AUGGAAAUUCAUUUCCAGCAACAGAACCAGUACAAAAGACCAAGUACUAGCAAUCCAGCUGCUGCAACCAAAGUAAACAGAUCAUCAUGCAAGUCCAGAAAUAAAGCCAAUGGUACUAACAAGUUUGUUGGUGUAAGGCAAAGGCCUUCUGGCAAAUGGGUAGCUGAGAUCAAAGACACAACACAGAAGAUCAGGAUGUGGCUUGGUACCUUUGAAACUGCUGAAGAAGCUGCUCGAGCUUAUGAUGAAGCUGCUUGUCUCCUCCGAGGAUCAAAUACCAGGACCAACUUCAUUACUCAUGUCUCCUUGGACUCCCCUCUUGCUUAUCGAAUUCGAAACCUGCUUAACAGCAAAAGAGGAGGUAAACAGCAACAAAGUGUGAUUGACGAAGACUCACCAUGUUCAUCCAAUAAAACAGCUACUACUACUACUACUAGUCCUAACAUUGAUGAUCCAGGCAGUAGCAGUAGCAGUUGUAGUGAAAAUUCACCUUCUGGUACUGAUCAGACACUUCAAGAUUCCCAGUUGUUUGAUGACGCAUAUAAACCAGACUUGAGUAAUUGCAGAGCGGAGUUUCAGCAGAUGGGUUCUUCUCAAUCUGAUUUUUCUUGGGGGUUUGAUCGGUUUUUGUGCACUCAAGAAGUACUGGAGCUGACAAAUAGUGGUGUUCUGGAAGAGGGAAGUUCUAACCAAGAGUUCUCAGAAUUUGAGAGAAUGAAAGUUGAGAGACAGAUAUCAGCUUCUCUAUAUGCUAUAAAUGGAGUUCAAGAGUAUAUCGAGACUGUUCAUGAUCCUAAUGAAACCUUAUGGGAUCUUCCACCUUUGUGUUCUUUAUUCUGCUGAAUUCUGAAUGGCUCUAUUAGAUCACUAAACAACCCCUCUUUUCACUUUUCUUCUUCUACUACUUUUGUUUCUUUUUCUUGUUAAAUAUAAAUUCAGAGAGCAUAUGAUUUACAACUCCUGCAAAAGUAGAAUGAUAACAAGCAAAAUACUUCCUUAGAUGAACAUAGGAAUUCUCUGGGUUACUUUUGCUUCAGCUGUUUUAAGUCAGACUUUUCUUUUUUCUGUGAGGAAGGUCUUUUUAAUCAUAAUAUCUGCAAAGUCUAGGCAAUCAUAUUGAUUUAAAUAUCUUAACAAUAUCUAUAUAGACACGUCAUACAUAUAUAUAAGGACAAGAAAUAUAAUAAAUUCUCAAUAUAAUUUCUAAUAUUGUUUCAUAGCAGAAGAGGAGAGAGUGGAGUUUGCUUUCAUUCAAUGAGAAAAUAAAUUGUUGAUGACUUAGAUGUGACAUACAAGAUGAUGAAUUCCAAUCCAGUGCGUGUAGCUCUACUGAUGGUGGGAUUUAAUAAUGAAUAAUAAAUUUUCUAUCUGCAAUGUCAUGAACUUAUCUUGAUUCAGUUGCAACCAAACCUUUCACAUGACCACAAACACUAUCCUCUUUAUGACUCAGAAAAAAAAAAUCUUUUUGCUUCUCAAGUUUUCCGUGUUCAUUUUAUUCAGCUCAGAAGAUAAAUUCAGAAGAAACUAAUACUUAAAAGGACUAAUCUUCAUCAUCUCACAUUGUUAAUAUCUUGAGAAUUCGAUCACAGUAUAAGUUUAAAGAAUUUUCAGUAAUUAACACUUCUGGGUUAUGGUCUGUGGAGUUCUAAUGUUUUUUCUAAGAGCUUUUUUGGCUAAAUGCUUUGAGAAACCCGGUUCUGGUUCUGGAUCCAAGAAGAUCUUUAGAACAGAAGAAGUCUAUGAAAACCAAGAAGAAGACACAAUACAUAUAUGUAUACAUAAUCAGAACUCUUUA